AGUGAUGGCUGGCCAGCCAUGCCCUUGAACCAGCCUGCUCGGACGUUCGCCCUGCCUCGCCUUCACCACAGAACUGUCACCUCCUGCCUACACAUUUGCGCUAGCCUAGCCCCCCCCUCUACCCACUGGCCAGCGUCUCCCAAAGCUGCUGCCGUUGCAGCCGCAGAGGGGACGGGGGUAGCAUGCUGGAGAGGGCAGAGGUGGCAGGAGAGGGCGGAAUGCCAAGUCCCAGAGUGGGAAACCAGAAGAGACGCCUCCCUUGAGCUCCGCUCGCUCCCCGCUGGAAAUGUCUGUGUUUAGUUUGGAUCUGGGGCCAGCCAAGGAGCCGCUCGGCUUCAUCAAAUUCCCGCAAUGGAGGUUCUGCAGGAAAUUGAAGCCAGGCUGCCACCUCGCCUCCAUCCAUAGCUUCGCUGACUCAUUUGACUUGGCUGACUACCUCACUGACUAUCUCCCACCUCGGGGCCCAGUGUGGAUCGGACUGUGGGAUCCAAAAAAGAACUUCAAAUGGGAGUGGACAGACAGAUCUAAAGCCGACUACCUACCCUGGGAGAAUAAACAGCCAGAUCACUACAAGAACAACGAGUUCUGCAUUGAGAUUGUGGACUAUACAUAUUAUCUCAAGUGGAACGACCAGAUAUGCACAACUCCGCAAGCUUUUCUCUGCCAGUGCAGAUACUAGUGCAAACGGUUCCUUCGGCUGCUCCAGAGGGAGAGAAGAACCUGGUGAACACUGAAAGCCCCCCCCCCCACCCCCCACCUGCUGAAAUCUCUGCUCUGCACCCCUUCGCUUCACGGAUGCUUUCUGUAGCUCGGAUCUGACUUUGCUCCUCCAAUAAAUUCUCUCUAGCAUGA